AUGAAUAAAAAUACAAAUUUUAGCAAAAGUAAUCAAAAAAAUAGAAAAUUCAAAGUUUUCCCCCAGCCGGACUCGAACCCGGCCCAUUAAAAAAUCGAACCCACUACCAGUUGCGCCACAGCGACACAUGAAAAAAAUAAUCUCAAAAAUAGAAAACGUACGCCCUAAGGACACUACAAAGCCAUUUGAUUUUUGAAACAACUAGUUGUCAAUUGAGUUGCAACUCAAUUCUAAUCUAUUUUUCCCAAAAAAUUCAAAAAUAUUUUUUUUCGUAUAAUUUUUUCCGUUUAAAAAAAUUAUGCAAAUUUGAAUUAAACUUUGCACGAAAAAACGAGACCCAACUCAGUAUGGCUGAAUUAUUACUUCGUUGACGUCCCGCGAACGGCUGGUGGUGACAUUGUUCAGGUGGAAAUCUGGAACAAAACAGGAAUUACAGUAAGUGCGGGAGGGUGAUAGCAAAUGAAAUUAACAGCAGGCCAACCGGUGAGGGCAUGGGUAACUUUCGAAAUGAGAUUUUUAAGUUUUUCUCCCAAGAGGAUCGAACUUUAGACUUUCAGUGGUGACUUAACCCACUACCACUAUACUAAAGAGGUACGCGGGCUUAAAACCGUCGGAAUUGCGGGCCAAUGACAAAAUCGGGCUUGAACUGACUUGAAAGCGAUUCCAGGUGGACUUCCUCAACACCUCAAGGCAUCGGCUCUUGACCAUGACCGCGCGAAGAAGGCCGCCCAGUCUGGCUCGGAAUACGGGGACCGCUAGUCGAUAUCAACAACCUCUAGUGUCCCGGGUCAGCAAAAAGAAGAAAGGCGCCACGGAGGAGGCGAAUGACGACGGAACACAAAUGGAACCCAAGACCAUCGACUCCGGCCAUCGAUCCCAUCAUUCCAAGGCCCGCUCCAUUCAAGGAACCAACAGAGAAGUAAGCGAGAAAAAUUUCGGGAUAAAACUUCUUUAAGAGGGCCCCUCGACGAAGAGAGCCCCUCGGCGAAGAGGGAACCUAGGCAAAGAGGGCACCUGGGCGAAGAGGGCACCUUGAGGAAGGAAAGAUGCUGUAAGGGGGACCAAGGCGGAUUUUGUAAGAAUGAUUUCUUUGGAUAGCUGUUUUUUGCCAAAAAAUCAUUCUAAAAAUCCGCCUUGGUCCUCCUUACCGCAUCUUUUUCCUCAAGAUGCCAUCUUCGCCCAGGUGCCCCCUUCACUCAGAUGCCCUCUUCGCCCAGGUGCCCUCUUCCCCCAGAUACCCUUUUCACAAGGUGCCCUCUUCCCUUUGUCCCAUCUUUUUCCGACCUCCCAAGACUUCAUUUUUAGGGCAACGAGGCCAUUUUCAACAGGGCUUUGAAGGAAUUUUGCCUCAAUUCCAUCGAGACAGGACCGAAAAAGUUGGCCAAUGAGUUCGUGGAGACCCGCUCGGCCAUGCCCAAGAACGUCCCGAAGACUGCGUUUCAGGCGCACGGGCCAAAAAAUCGCUACAAGGAUGUGAUUUGCUUGGACGAAACCCGGGUGAAACUGACCUGGCCGGACAGCGGAAACGAUUAUAUUCAUGCUAAUUAUGUGAAUAUGGAUGGUAAGCUUGGAGUAAUUUUGAGCCCUAGGGUCUGAAAAAUGUAAUACCAGCUUUCAAAAAAAAAUUUUUCGUCCAGGCGGAUUCGAACCCAGGACUUUUCGAUUUCUAAACUAAUUCACAACCAGUUGCGCCAAAAUGACAUUUUCUAAAAAAAGCCAAAAAUGGCAUGUCUUGAUAUUGUGGACUAAAUUACGAAUAACCCUUUGGUUUUGAAGAAAAAACUUCGAAUUUUCUCUCUGUAUACUCGGUAAUUUGUCGAUUUUCAGGAAAAAUGCGCUACAUUUGCACGCAAGGCCCCACCGCCGACACCACUGUCGACUUUUGGCGAAUGGUUUGGCAGGAGAAAUGCAAGGGAAUCCUGAUGCUGUGCGAGGUCAUGGAGAUGGGGAAGAAAAAGUGCGAGCAGUACUGGCCGCUGAAAGUGGGAGAGGAGGGGGAAUACGGACCGAUCAAAGUCAAGACGUUGAAGGUCCUCCAAACCGAAGAACACUUGCAUACCACGCAUUUGGAGAUCACUGCGGUCGGCGGUAGGAAAUUUUACCUAUUUUUGGCGCAGAAUUUUGGGGACUUUUCGCUAGCAGCCAGACUGAAAUUCGGCGUAGAUUUUCAGGAGAAGUAACCCAAGUGCGACGUUCAGAUUUUGAUGAAGCUUUACACAAAUUGAGAAAAAAAAUUUUUUAAGACUGCGGUACUCUUAGCCCGCGCUUUGCAGAAACGACUGAGAUUUUUUGCCGAAAGUUGGAAAAAAUGUGCCAUGCAAAUUUUGGCAUGAAAAUUUUCAUGCUUAUUUCUUCCACAGAGGAUAGCCAAAAUUCGCAAAAAAUGUGGCGCAUUUUUUUAACUUUCGACUAAAAUCCUUGGUCGUUUCUGCAAAGCUCGAGCUAAGAGUCUCGUAUAUCUUUUAGAAAAAAAUAUUCUAAACUUGUGCCAAGUUUCAUAAAACCUGAGCGUCCCACUUGGAGUACUUUCCCUGUCAGUAUUUAUAACUUUUUCUUUUUGCUAUUUAGUAAGCUCAACUUGCCGGGCCGUUUCAAAUUUUCCUCGGUCCGGCUCGGCCGUUCACGUGGCAUAGCUUGAGAGCUAUGUCUAGUCAAGAUGAACAAGCCGUUUUAUAACAAGGAAGGUACUUUUACGGGGGGUCCUUCUUUUAGACGGGGCAUAUCUUAAAAAAUCGGAUUUUUUGAGAUACAUCCCGUCUAAAAGUAGAAGCCCCCAUAAAAGUACUUUCCUCGUAAAAAAAAUGAUUUUUUGACUCCUUCCAUUUUAGUUCGUCCAUUUUGGACCUAUCUCAAUUUUUCGCUGAUUUUUUUUCCUAAAAUUUCUUCGUUUCCAGAGACCCGUCAAGUUCAUCACAUUUUGUGGGAGAAAUGGCCGGAUCGCGGAGUUCCCAAGGACUAUUUGGGUUGUUUGCGGCUGAUCAAGCGCAUCAACCCGAUUGUGCCGGUGGUGGUACAUUGCUCGGCGGGAAUUGGUCGCACCGGCACAAUCGUGGGCCUGGAGAUGUUGCAACUGAAGCUCCAAAAAGGCGAAGUUUGCACUAUGGCCGAGGUUGUGGCCGAACUGCGGAAAUAUCGCCAUGGAUCGGUUCAGACGGACGUUCAGGUAAAUUUAUAUUGCACUUGAACUAUCUCCGACACGUUUUUUUCGAAAAAAAUAAACUCGACUUUUUUCCAAUUUUUUUAAACCUUUUUUUGAAAAAAUUUCAAUUUAAUUUUUAUCUUUCAUAUUUCAGUUCCUCUACAUGCACCGCGUGAUCAUGGAGCUGGCGACGAACCGCAAAGCCAUCACCAGGGCCGAACUUCAGGGCUUCUACGAGGAAUACGAUAAGAUUGUCGCCAGAACGCAGUGA